AUGGCUUGUAACCAUUGGGCAAUGUGGCCUGGUGGGUCCAACAGUAAAAAAAUUGAAAAUCAGCUGCUGACGUUAGCAGCCCGAGGGCAACAGCCCAGUCAAAAUCUGCCCUUGGACUUGCUAGGGGGGCCUUUUGCCCAGUUUAAUAGCAACGCUGGAGCUGCUCUAAACCUCAUUCAGAUAGGCCCUUGA